AUGCCACCCAAAACUAGCGGUAAAGCAGCUAAAAAGGCCGGUAAGGCUCAAAAAAAUAUUUCCAAGUCUGAUAAGAAAAAGAAACGCAGGAGGAGACGGAAAGCUACGCAUUUACAUCUACAAAGUGCUGAAGCAGGUAUCCAGAUACCGGUAUUUCCAGCAAAGCGAUGA